UAGCCUCACUCAGUCAGUCCCAUGACUUCUGAAACUCUUCACUAAGAAAGACAUCACAUCUCAGACAGAGCACACCAUGGGCGUCCAGGGAUUGACCAGGUUUAUGGAGGAGAAUGGAAACAUUUUAAAAGAUGUUCCCUUCAGAAACAGCAAGCUGAUCAUAGAUGGUAGUAAUCUGUUCCAUUUGCUUUAUUUUAACUCACGUUUGGAUCAGAGUCAUGGAGGGGAUUACGAUGCGUUUGAGGGCCAAGUCUGCAAGUUCUUUAAGGCUCUGAGAGACUGCGACAUUGACCCUUUUGUGAUUGUAGAUGGGGGCUCCGACUACACCGACAAAAAGUUUGAAACACACAAAGAACGAGCUCAAUCAAGGAUCAACACAGCCAACAGCUUGUCCAUGGGGCUUCAGGACAGGGGUGGUGUACUACCAACCCUCAUCAAAGAUGUCUUCAAACAGGUCCUCUCCAGCCUGAAGGUGCCAUUCGCACAGUGCAUUUGUGAGGCAGACCAAGAUAUAGCCUCCCUGGCUCGAAGUUGGAACUGUCCAGUGCUGACCAAUGACAGUGACUUUUAUAUCUUUGACAUCCAGGCAGGAUUUCUGCCCACAUCCCAUUUUCACUGGCAGAAAGUGUCUAUGCAACGUGGGAGCUUUAUAAGAUACAUUCCCUGCAAGCAGUACACCACAACAAGCUUCUGCAAACACUUCAACAUCAACAGACAGGUUCUCCCAGUCUUCGCCGCCAUGUUAGGAAACGACUACGUCAAGUUGCAUAACAUGGGCAUUUCCCUCAGGUGGGAAGAAUACUCGUCAAUGGAAGGAAGGUUCGCCCGCUUCGACGGCUUGCUGAAUUGGCUGGCUCGCUUCCAGGGGCAGAAGGAGGCCUUGGACUCUGUGCUCAGGCUUAUCCUUCAUGGUAACAACAGACAGAAAAUGGAUGCUGCCCUCCAGGGCCUCUCCCUGGGCAUAGAAGAGUACCAUCUUCCCCCUAGUUGCCUGGAGCGGUUCUUCAACGAUGGAGUGGGACCAGGCCCCGGCCGUCUCGCAGAGCCUCUGAGGGUCCUUCCAGACUGGACCCUACUGCCGUUGAUGAAGGGUAGACUUCCCUCCUGCAUUGUAGACGUGCUGCUGCUGAGGAAGGUGAUGCAUCAUGUCCAGGUGGAAGAUGCCCACUUGCCCUGUGGGAACAACACCUCUCGGCCAGUACGACAGGUACUCUACGGGCUGCUGCUGGGUGGGAGGAGGGCAGACCACAGCAGUCAGAGACCCCCAGUGGAUGACGUGGAGGAGUAUUACAGGGAAGGCCAGUACCUGACCAGCAGCAUGGUUGAAGCCGUCCUGCCCAGUGCUGUAGAACAGAUGCAGCUAGACACUCUGUAUCAGGCUCCAAGGCCAGUGCAGCUUAAGGUGUUUUUGGAGACCCUUGGUGUGUCCCAGUCCACUUUGAGCGGUGUCCCGCCUCAUCUGCGUCUUCCUGUGGCUGUCACCUGCUACUGGCUGAGGCACGCCCAUCCCCCUCCAGACCUGCCUCUCCUGCAGGCCCUGCUACUAGGAUUGGUGUACGGAGAGCUCUGCAGACAGAGGAAGAGCCAAAGAGGGUUUAUGGGGGGACCAGUGUUGGAGAGGCUGAGAGGGCUGAUUCAGAGAGGUACAAGGAGCCUAGACCUGGGUGUGGCCCACGCCUACAGCCAGUGGCAGUGCUGCCUGAAAGAAAGCCUUCACCUGAACCAACUGCUGUGCCUCCCUCUUGCCGAGCCUCAGUGUGCCUGGCUGUACAAGGGUACUCUGGUGCACCAGCUUGUGACCAAACUGAGAGGGGGGUUAACCCCGGAUUCUCUCCUGAUUGGAGGCCCUUGCUCUGGGCAGCUGUAUCGGGCCAUGCUGGGAGCCAUACUCAACUCCCAUGAUGCUUCUGUCAUCCCCUUGGUGUCUGUGCCGCGGAAGGCCACACCUCCAUCCUUGACACAGCCACUGGACGACCUGACGGCCCAUCUACACAUUCUGGCUCUGGAAGAUGAUGAUGAUGAUGGUGCUGGAGGUGGGAGCAAGGCCAAGCCAGAGGACGAUCUGGGUUGGACUUUGGUCUCAGUGCGGACCCGGCACAAGAGCAAGGACAGAUUCAACCGAGCUAGGAAUCCAGAAUUCUCCCGGAAGCAGGGGCGGAUCGGCUGGGAAUAGGGAGGGACCACUAUAUAACUGUUUAGAUAGACUUUCUGCUCAACUCUUUAAUAUUUUUAUUGUUCUUAUGUGUACCUUUUAUGACUUAAUUGACAUUGUGUUUUUUAGCAUGAACUAUAAUAGAUGUUAUGAAAGUUAAAAGUUUCACUUUGUUUUAUUUUGGUCUUUGAAAAUAGCUCUAUAAAUCUCAUGUAUUGUUACUAUUAAAAUAUUUUCAGAGCAGCAGUAAUGUAUCAUAAUUGUAUCAUCAAAAUGAAAAAUAACAUUUAAAUCAGCUGUUCUUGAGAAUUAUCUCUGCUUUGGCAGUAUAUUUUAUAUGGAAAUCUUAAACUGAACAAAUCUUAGAUAUUGUACUUUUUACCUCAAUCUGAAAACGUAUGACACUCAAACCUUUAACCAAGUUAGCAGACACUCUUAAAAUAAUUACAAAAAAUGUAAACCAUUGAUAAGGCAUUUACAAACGGUUUGUUUUGUGUACAGCAGUGCAGCUCUCUAGGCCCUUUACUCUUUCCUAUUUUUAGCAAUGACCUGCCACUGGCAUUAAACAAAGCAUGUGUGUCCAUUGAUGCCGAUGAUUCAACCAAAACUGAACUAGCUCUUAUUGGCAGAGGUUUAGAACUCCUUCUUAUUGGUCUAUUAACUAAUUAACCGUCUGGUGAUGUCACCAGGCAGGCCAAAACUCCAUCCCAGCAAAACAGGCUGAAAUUCCAGGCAGUCUUUCCAAACACUAAAAGAGCACUGUCAUCAUUUUCCCAAUUUCACAGUAUUAUUCCAACCUGGAAAUAUAUACAAAACACAGGGAAAUCUAGUUUUUGACUGAACUGGGUAUUUAAUAGAACCAAAGUCUAAUGGGGUUUUGGGGACUUUUUUCUAUAUUUUUAUUUUAGUAAUACUUUUUUUUCUUAAAACUGCAUUGUUGGUUAAGGGCGUAUAAGUAAGCAUUUCACUGUAAGGUCUACUACACCUGUUGUAUUCGGCACAUGUGAUAUGUCCCCUAUGACGAUUUCUACGUGUUCUACUGUCUCUCUGGGUGGGAAUGUGAUCUGUUACUCUCUCUUACACAAUAUUAUGUAUCCUUUGAUUAUUGUCUCUGUGCUGAGCUCUUUUAGGCUGUUCUGUAGCACUAGCCCCAAGUCAAAUUCUGCUGCCUUACCACCGGUCAUUAUAGCAGGAUUGGGGCCAAUUCCAUUUCAAUUCAGUCAAUUCAGGAAGUAAAUUCCAAUUCACAAUGUUAUUCUCAUUGAAAAGCAUUGAGAACAUUUUUAAUUGUAAUGGGAAUUUCAGUUUACUUUCUGGAUUGCCUGAAUUGAAAUUAAAUUGAGCCCAACCCUGGUGUAUACAUAAUCAUUACAGGAUCUCACUUAACUGCUGUCAGACUGGCACCUGCUGAUCUGAGAAAGUUAAGAAAAAAGUUGAUUAUAUUGCCGCUUAUGUGUCUUUCCACUUCAACUGAGGUGGUCUAAAAUGUCAAUGAGAUACAGAGUAUGUACGUCCUAUAACUUUAAAUGUAGUGGUCCAAUAAUACAUUGGUGUAUGGUUACUAUGAUAAUACAUAAGUCCAGUUAUCAUUCUCCUCAU